CCAGGACACACCCACCCACCCACGUCAGUGCGCUACUCGUUGCUGAAGAAGAGCGGCAGGCCGGCCUUCCAUGGGGCGCCACGGUGGCUAGGAGUAGGGUGGCCAGCACCACGUCCGGCCGCCUUUGUCUCCCCUAGUGACGUUGACUACACACCGCACCAGAUUGAUGAAUCAACGUUCGCAGACCAUGGCGGAGGGGCUCCCUCGAACCUUUCCGCAAGUCAAGGAGAUGGUUGCCGCUGCGCACAGAGCCUCCUCGGCCACGGAGAAGCUUCGCUUUUACGAGCAGUGGGCAAAGGAUUAUGAUGCGGACGUGCACGUGCUGGAGUACCGUGCGCCGUUCCUCGCGGCCGAGAUGCUGGCGUCCCGCGUGCCCGCGUGCGAGCGGGCGAGCGCCACGGUGCUGGACGUGGCGUGCGGGACCGGACUCGUGGCUCAGCAGCUGCAACGGCUGGGCUUUCGACGGAUCCGCGGAAUUGACGGAAGCGCGGAGAUGUUGGACGUGGCCGCGACGAAAGGCGUCUACGAGAGCAUGCGGCGCUGCGUGUUGGGGGACGAUCCCUUGCCUCUCGAGUCCGAUGCGUUUGACGCGGUGAUAAUUGUCGGAGCGCUCAGCGACGGGCAGGUCUCCCAUGCCAUCCUUCCCGAGUUGGUCCGAGUCGCCAAACCAGGGGCGCCGCUGUGCCUGACGACGCGCUCGAGCGCGCAGAACGCAGGCUUCCUGCUGCAGCUGGAGGGCCGCAUGGGGGAGCUGAGCGCCGCGGGCGCCUGGCGGCUCGAGGCGCGGCAGGAGGAGGCGCGCUGGGAGCGAGACGUUGUCGCGGGCACGGCCACGCCGUCGUACAUUCCGGGAGUCGUGUAUCCUCUACCGCAAGCUUGACUAAUAAACAUCGAUAUAUUGCU